AUGAUGCUCUACGGACUGCAAAUUGUCGACACCCCUGGCAUGAUUGACAUGCCUGUGAAGUCGGAAUCCAUGGCUGGCGGUAGAGGCUACAACUUCUUGGAAGUGGUGCGGUGGUUCGCCAAACGAGCGGAUCUGAUUCUGUUGCUCUUCGAUCCAGAUCGGCCUGGCACCACGGGUGAGUCGCUGGAUGUGCUCACACGCUCGAUGGCCGGAUUGGAUCACAAGUUUGUGAUUAUCCUCAAUAAGGUAGACCAGCUCGACAGCAGCGUGGACUUCGCGCGAGCCUAUGGCACUUUGGGUUGGGCACUCUCGAAGGUGAUUCCUCGCAAGGAUAUCCCACAGAUCUACACCAUGUACAACGCUGGGGUGGAACAAGAGAAUGGAGUGCGGCAGCACAAGCUUCCACUGGAGGCCUUCCGCCAGAAGCGCGAAGAGGUGGUGCAGGAGGUACUCCGCGCGCGCACGCGGCACUGGGACAACGUGAUCACCGCGACGGAGGACACCCUACGGCAGCUUGAGAUGGUGUGCACUGUCUCGAUGGCUGUGCGCAUGCGCGUGCGGAGGCAACGGAAUGACGUGUGGUUCUGGAGCUCCAGUCUACUAGGUAUCCCGAGCCUCGUGGCUGGAAAGUUCAUCUACGAGAAAUGGCCAGGCAACCGGUGGCUCCACGGUGGCUGCCUUGGUGCCUUUGGCCUUUUGGCCCUGGGUGUUACCAGCUUCAUCUGCGAGUGCCCCCAUCACUAA